AUGCAGUUGCAGUUGCCGUGCUACUCCGCCCUCCUCCUGAUCGGAACGAUCCUAAUACUGGCUCCCUGGCCAGCGGACGCCAACGACGACGGGUGCAACGAGGUGGUCUGCGGAUCGGUGGUGUCCAAGUGCCUCAUCACCCAGAGCUGCCAGUGCAAGCUGAACGACUGCCACUGCUGCAAGGACUGCCUGAAUUGCCUCGGGGAGCUCUACAUCGAGUGCUGCGGCUGCCUGGACAUGUGUCCCAAGCACAAGGACGCCCUGCCCUCGCUGACGCCGCGCUCGGAGAUCGGGGACAUCGAGGGCCUGCCGGAGCUGUUCGACACCCUGACCGCCGAGGAUGACGAGGGGUGGUCCACCAUCCGGUUCCCCAUGCGCGCCGGCUUCAAGCAGCGCGUCCAGGGUGGUGGUGGUAGUGGUGCUCCCAGAGACGCCGGAACAGGAGCCGAGGCCAACACCGUGUGCACCGUCAUCUACGUGAACUCCUGCAUCCGGGCGAACAAGUGCCGGCAGCAGUGCGAGAGCAUGGGGGCCAGCAGCUACCGCUGGUUCCACGACGGCUGCUGCGAGUGCGUGGGCGGGAGCUGCCUCAACUACGGCAUCAACGAGAGCCGCUGCCGCGGGUGUCCGGAGGAGCAGGACCAGCUGCACGCCGCGGACACCGUGCCGGCGGAGGCGGAGCAGGAUCUGGAGCGGUUCUUCGGCAACGAGGAGAUCGAGGACGGGUGGAGCUACGGCGAGGAUGAUGACUUCUCCUACGCUGAUAAGAACCUUGACUAGUCAGAUUAAAUAUUUCCUCCUUGCACUGGACAUUUUGUUUAUUAAUACUAAAUAAAAGCAGCGUAAUUUAUUUAUUUAUAUAAUGCUAGGCUAAACCUAAAUCAAAGUGCUUACAAGAGGGGUGGAGAUGUCGUACAGCUUGUCGUUUAUUUGUAUUGUAUAUUGCUAAAUUAUAUAACUAAUUUAGUUUACCAAUAAAAAAAGUCAUGUUUUUA